CCUCCCCGCCUUCAAUGUGACACCGGCGCCUCGGAGUGCGAGCCGCAGCAGCCGCCGCCGCCGCCGCCACCGGGGAGGGGCCGAGCACCAUGUCGAAUCUGAGCAAAGGCACGGGCAGCCGGAAGGACACCAAGAUGCGGAUCCGGGCCUUUCCGAUGACCAUGGAUGAAAAAUAUGUAAACAGCAUUUGGGACCUUCUGAAAAAUGCUAUUCAAGAAAUCCAGCGUAAGAAUAACAGUGGUCUUAGUUUUGAGGAGCUCUAUAGAAAUGCAUAUACAAUGGUUUUGCAUAAACAUGGAGAAAAGCUCUACACUGGACUAAGAGAAGUUGUUACUGAACAUCUCAUAAAUAAGGUGCGAGAAGAUGUACUAAAUUCAUUGAAUAACAACUUUCUUCAAACAUUAAAUCAAGCUUGGAAUGAUCAUCAAACAGCCAUGGUGAUGAUUAGAGAUAUACUAAUGUAUAUGGACCGUGUGUAUGUACAACAAAAUAAUGUAGAAAAUGUCUACAAUUUGGGAUUAAUAAUUUUUCGAGAUCAAGUUGUACGUUAUGGGUGUAUUAGGGAUCAUCUUCGGCAAACUUUAUUGGAUAUGAUUGCCAGAGAACGGAAAGGAGAAGUUGUAGACAGAGGAGCAAUAAGAAAUGCUUGCCAGAUGUUAAUGAUUUUAGGUCUUGAAGGAAGAUCAGUCUAUGAGGAAGAUUUUGAAGCUCCUUUUUUGGAAAUGUCUGCAGAAUUUUUUCAGAUGGAAAGCCAGAAAUUUUUAGCCGAAAAUAGUGCUUCGGUGUAUAUAAAGAAAGUAGAAGCUAGGAUCAAUGAGGAAAUAGAGCGGGUGAUGCACUGCCUUGACAAAUCUACCGAAGAGCCCAUUGUCAAGGUGGUUGAGAGGGAACUCAUUUCCAAGCACAUGAAGACUAUUGUAGAAAUGGAGAAUUCUGGGCUAGUACAUAUGUUGAAAAACGGAAAGACAGAAGAUCUUGCUUGCAUGUACAAAUUAUUUAGUCGUGUGCCAAAUGGUUUGAAGACAAUGUGUGAAUGUAUGAGUUCUUAUUUGAGGGAACAAGGAAAAGCCCUUGUUUCCGAGGAAGGCGAAGGGAAGAAUCCUGUUGACUAUAUCCAGGGCUUAUUGGAUCUGAAGAGUAGGUUUGAUCGCUUCCUCCAAGAAUCCUUCAAUAAUGACCGGCUCUUUAAACAGACUAUUGCUGGGGACUUUGAGUAUUUCCUAAACCUCAACUCCAGGUCUCCUGAAUACCUCUCAUUAUUUAUUGAUGAUAAGCUGAAAAAGGGAGUCAAAGGGCUAACAGAACAAGAAGUAGAAACGAUAUUGGAUAAGGCUAUGGUCCUUUUUAGGUUUAUGCAAGAAAAAGAUGUAUUUGAACGUUAUUAUAAACAGCACCUGGCAAGGAGACUGCUCACGAAUAAAAGUGUUUCUGAUGAUUCUGAAAAAAAUAUGAUUUCUAAAUUAAAGACUGAGUGUGGGUGUCAGUUCACAUCAAAACUGGAAGGAAUGUUUAGGGAUAUGAGCAUCUCAAACACAACUAUGGAUGAGUUCAGGCAACAUCUACAGGCAACAGGGGUAUCUUUAGGUGGCGUUGAUCUCACAGUCCGGGUUCUCACAACGGGAUAUUGGCCCACUCAGUCAGCCACACCAAAGUGCAACAUCCCACCAGCACCAAGACAUGCUUUUGAGAUAUUUAGAAGGUUCUACUUAGCCAAACACAGUGGUCGACAGCUCACACUCCAGCAUCACAUGGGUUCUGCAGAUCUCAAUGCCACCUUUUAUGGUCCAGUUAAAAAGGAAGAUGGAUCUGAAGUUGGUGUUGGUGGUGCACAAGUAACUGGUUCUAAUACUCGGAAGCACAUACUGCAAGUCUCCACUUUCCAGAUGACCAUAUUAAUGCUGUUUAAUAAUAGAGAGAAAUACACAUUUGAGGAAAUUCAACAAGAGACAGAUAUCCCUGAAAGAGAACUUGUUAGAGCCCUCCAGUCCCUCGCCUGUGGUAAACCAACACAGCGGGUCCUCACAAAAGAACCCAAGUCAAAGGAGAUAGAAAGUGGCCACAUAUUUACAGUUAAUGAUCAGUUCACAUCCAAACUACACAGAGUCAAGAUUCAAACAGUUGCAGCCAAACAAGGUGAAUCCGACCCAGAGAGGAAAGAAACAAGACAGAAAGUAGAUGAUGACAGAAAGCAUGAGAUAGAAGCUGCUAUAGUGCGAAUAAUGAAGUCUAGGAAGAAGAUGCAGCACAAUGUUUUAGUAGCAGAGGUAACUCAACAGUUGAAGGCUCGAUUCUUACCAAGUCCAGUUGUUAUUAAGAAACGUAUUGAAGGACUUAUUGAGAGAGAAUAUUUGGCACGAACCCCUGAGGAUCGCAAAGUAUACACAUACGUAGCAUAAAAUGCAUUCAGAAAUUUGAUUUAUUCUUGGACUGUACUCUUCGCAUGGACUGGGAAGUUCUUUUAAAUCAUUACUAUUAAGACGACCAUCUCUUCUGUUAAAUUGCAGUACAUGUUAUAGACCACUCAGAUCAAGCCUCUCCUCCCUCUGAGAGUUUUCAACAUCAGUUGAUUGAGCUUCAGGCUUUCCAACGUUAUCCCUGUAGAGAUUAUCUUUACAGUUCCUCGGGAAAAUGUGAAUGUGCCGCGUUUUGUUUUCAAUAUUGUAUGAAAACAGGAAAAAAAAUAAAACAAAUUUAGAAAACACAGCUCAUUAAAAUAAAAUUGUUGGAUUUCAUUUCCCCAGGUCUUCAGUGUUGAUGUAAAUGUGUUUCUGUAGUGUUGCUUAUUAGUACUUUGCGCAUUGUGUAAGUUGGGUAGCAAAAAUGGCAAAAGACAUACAAAGUUCCCAGUUUUCUUGCUCUGCUUGUGACAUUUCCUUAGCUGGUAUUGUUUAAAGGUUUGAUAAAUAUACAAAGACCCAGGCAUACAAUUGGCGCAUGCUUUAUCCUACCACUUGCACUUAUUAAUCGUCCAGCCUUAUGACCAAGAACCUUUGUUUGGACAUGAGUAUACACCUUGAGUUGUUUCGUCCCUAUUGUAAUUUGAGGUUUUCCAAAUUAAGUUCUAAGAUGACUAGGUUUUGCUCUGAGUUAUUUCUAGAGAAAGAAAAUAUUUUAGUAUGUAUAAAUUGUACAAUAAUUUUUUGCUGUUGUACUUACUGCUAAUAGUGGAUUGUAUAGGGUGGUGUUUUAUUUCAUUUAUUGUAGACAAAAAAAUAAACGAAUUUAGUAUUCACGUACACACUAACUCAAGUAUGUCAGAGCACAAAGGUGGCAGCUGGUUAUAUUUAAUUCAGUCCCUUUGAAAAGCACAUGCAUUCUACCCUUUGUUUAUAAAUAACUUAGCCCCCAUAUCUCGCUCGCUCGCUCUCUCUCUCUUGCUCACACACACACACACACACACACACACACACACACAGUUCAAAUAUAUAUUUUGGUGAAACUGGUACACCAUUAAUUAUUUCAAAAUGCUAUCUAAAUAUGCAAUAAAUAGAUUAACUUGGUAGUUUGAAGGAAGUCUUCAGUUCUUGCAGCUGUGUUUUGGAAAGUGAUUGAGCAAUAUUUUUCAAAUGUGAUGAUUCUUGGGUAUUUAGCUCUCCGUUGUCCUCUAAAGAGUCAUUUUCAUGUUUUCUAAGAUGUGCUUUGUGCUGGAGAUUUGUGUCCAUUGCUCUGUGCUUCCAACCAUCACUGAAUUUGUUUCCUACCCAAAUGAUCUGCCAAGGAUUAUAGUUUGCUUUAACGUCAGAGCAUUUUUAUCCUGCAUUUUAUUUAAUUUUGUUCUUUUUCUUCUCUUACAAGGUAAUGUUUUAGAUAUGUAAUUGGGGGAAACCACUGUAGAGUUCUGUCAGAAAAAUGACAACUCCCCAUUGAACAUCAAUACUGUUGCUAUGCUUAUUAGAAUGUAUGUCUCAGAAGAUAAUUUCUGUUUACGUUGAUGGUGAAGUUACAGUAACUGAAUUCUAAUAUGGAUUAAAAACUCCACAUAAAUAUUUUC